GAGUGAACCGGAAGCCAAACAAGUAAUUCGGGUUUGAACCAACAAUCCUACGUGUCAUUCCUCGAGUUUCACUGAUUCAGAAAGCUGCCUAAGAUCAUUUCUGACCAAAUCCUGAAGGAUGAAGGCUUUGAUUCUGGUGGGGGGGUACGGGACCCGGCUGCGACCGCUCACCCUGAGCGUCCCCAAACCUCUGGUGGAGUUCUGCAACAAGCCCAUCCUGCUGCACCAGGUGGAGGCGCUGGUUAAGGCCGGGGUAAACCAUGUGGUUCUGGCAGUGAGCUACAUGUCAGAGCUGCUGGAGAGGGAGAUGAAAGUCCAGGAGCAGAGACUGGGGAUUCAAAUCUCUCUGUCUCACGAGAAGGAACCUCUGGGAACCGCGGGACCCCUGGCGUUGGCCCGAGAGCUGCUGAACGUCGACAACGAGCCGUUCUUCGUCCUCAACUCGGACGUCAUCUGUGAUUUUCCCUUCAAAGACAUGCUGCAGUUCCACCACAACCACGGCAAGGAGGGAACCAUCGUGGUAACGCGGGUGGAGGAGCCCUCCAAGUACGGCGUGGUGGUGUUUGAGUCGGACACCGGCAGGAUCCAUCGCUUCGUUGAGAAACCGCAGGUCUUUGUCUCCAACAAGAUCAACGCCGGCAUGUACAUCUUCAGUCCCAGCAUGCUCAGCAGGAUCCAGUUAAGACCAACAUCCAUCGAGAAAGAGAUAUUUCCCGUCAUGGCAGAGGAGGGUCAUCUGUACGCCAUGGAGCUGCAGGGUUUCUGGAUGGACAUCGGUCAGCCUAAGGACUUCCUGACAGGGAUGUGCAUGUACCUGCAGUCGGUAAGACAACACGCCCCCGAGAGGCUCCGGACGGGACCUGGUUUCCUCGGCAACGUCCUCGUGGACCCGUCGGCGAAGGUCGGGGAGAACUGCACCAUCGGGCCCAACGUCACCAUCGGCGCCGGCGUGGUGGUGGAGGACGGCGUGAGGAUAAAGCGCUGCACGGUGCUGAAGGGGUCCAGGAUCCAGUCGCACUCCUGGUUGGAGAGCUGCAUCGUGGGGUGGAGCUCCUCGGUGGGCCAGUGGGUGCGGAUGGAGAACGUGACGGUGUUGGGGGAGGACGUGAUUGUGAGCGAUGAACUUUACCUGAACGGUGCCAACGUCCUACCUCAUAAAUCCAUCAACGAGUCGGUCCCAGAGCCGAGAAUCAUCAUGUAGCGUCACGGAGGACGAGAGAAUCCCAGCUAAUUUUUAUAUGAACUGACUGGAAACCAAAAUUGUGCCAGGAAAAAAGAAAAAGAGCGGGGAUCAGAUGCUCGGAUGAAGAACAAUAAACGAAGAGCUUUUUUUUUUUUUUUUAACUUGUAUUUGUUUUAUCCCUGCUUGGCUGCGUCUUCCAUUAGUCUGACGAUAGCAGAGGCCUGAAGUCCUGCAGGUGGUGGUUGAUGAAGACGAGGGAGGAAUCUGGUGCGUUUGGUGGAGGGAUUGAUGAUGUUUAGGGUUGGGGGGGUGACAGAGGAUAUGAGCAUCAUGUAUUUACUCUGGAUCAAAUCAUGAUGGGCGACUGGAGAUUCUGGCCGGACCUGCUGAACAGCUCACGUCGUUGGUUGUGUGGUUAAAGCUGCAGCAACUUCAACUUCCUUAUAGAAAUGUGAAUGUUUUAAACAAACAGGAGUCAUAUUUGUUAUGAAGUAAGUAAGAAUGUAAGUCAGUAUAGCGUUGCAUUCCUCAACAGAGCUUAUAAUUGCAUCCAUUUUUAUAAAACGCAUCCUGAUUAGUUUACCAAUGAAUGUUGGUUUACAGCACUGACGAGUUACUGCUCUGGGGAAGCAAGACAAACUAGUCGCGAGGGGCUCAGACGUUUAAGUCUGGCUGCAUCUGAUCUGGUUUGUUUUUGUCCUUUAAAAAAAGCACUAAUGCCUUGUAAAGAUGUUGCUUUGAGCUCAGCUUGCUGCUGAUGUGGCGUUCACCGGGAGGUCGGCUCACAAGCGCAUCAGUACUGGAGUCAAAGUAGUUACUACGUCAGUCAGAUCCAGUUAUUUGGUUUUUUUCUGUGUUAUGGCCAUUUUUAGAUUUCAGUUUUGUCUCUUGCCAGUCUGAGCUAAACUUGUUUCAGCUGCAUGUUUGCUGGUAGACCAGCAUUAUUGAAUAGAUAUGAAUAUUCAAAAAAGGUUAUUUAAAAAUGUUGUAUGACUGUUAGUCAUAGAAACAUCGCUAGUUUGGGACAUUUCAUUUGAAUUUUACUUUUUUCAAAUUUAGGCACUAAACCAGAAGCAAAAUUGUAAAAAAUGUUUGCUAAACUAAAUAUGGAUAUUUAAUAAAUAGCUCUGAAGGGACCUUUAUGUAGAUUAAUGCUCUGGAGCGCUUAAAUCUUUUUUUUUGUUGUUGUGUACCUCAUGUGAAUUUACCCACCGAAUUUAGACAGUGUUUUAACCUGUGUGGUAAUUAUCUCUGAAGAAAGUUCCAAUGAAAUGGUGUCAAAAAUGCAGUAGUUCAGGAGUGUUUGUAUCCCUCGUCUGGGCGAGUUGUUUAGGAAACUGUCUGUAUGUUAGAUCAUUAAUGCUUUUUUCUACGUCAUGAUCCUUAAGGUUAGAAAUCUGACACAAUAUGACUGUCUGGCACUUAUUCUGCUACAAUUCCUCUCAACCACUGGAAAACCCCUGGUUCUCGAUUCAUAUUGUUUCAUUGCCAACAUUGUUGUUGUUGAUGAUGACAGAACUUGACAGAAGUCGUGAAAACACUUUUAAUUGUUUACUUAUCAGCCAACAUGAAAAGGCUGGACAAUUGAGGAAAACAGAAAUGUGGACCAGCGAGUCUUGUGGUGUUUUGUUUGCCUGCAGUUGUUUUGUUUGUAGCACAGAAACAACCAAAGUUUGACUGGAACAAAACUGUCAUAUAUCUGUUUUUUUGUGCCUCAUCGUGGUAAAGUGAUGAAGCCCGUUAGCUGCUGAACCAAGUCAAAGCUGAUGAGAAUCGACCCGUCGCCUGGUCCUGAUAACUGGAUCUGUUAUUGGAGGCGUGGAGAGGCGCUGGUGUUUAAACGCAAUGUCACGGCAACACUGGCAGAUGAUCUCACCUUCGACCCCGACUAACGCUGUGUUUGAUAUCCGCAGUUUAUGCCCAUGGGACCUCUGAUCAUGUUAAAUAAAUCCUGUGUAGUUGAAGGGUUCUGAAGCGUAUUGAUGUCUUAUUUUUUAAUUUACAUUUUAUUUUGAAUAAAGCAGCAGAUCAACAAUGUUCACACCUUCCAACAUGGUUUGAAUGAAAGAAAGUUGAUCCUUGUAAUGAAGUCUUUUUAAAAAUUACACCUGAAAACAACCA